CAGUUCCUUGUGGGGGCACUCUACUUGUUAUUUUGCUACGGCUUCCUCUCGCUCUCUCUCUCUCUUUCCUCUGCGCCGCCAUCUUCGUCUUCAUCGGGCACCGGUGAGUAAUGGCGAAAGGCGAUGACGCGGUGAGGAGGAAGAAGAACAAGGUCAACCGCAAGAGGAUGCGGAGCUCUGAUUCCGCCGUCUCCGCUCGCAUAGCUUCCAUCAUCGCCUCCAAGAAACGAAGGAAGUCUGGAAAGAGGCGAACCUGCGAGGGGAUGUGCUUCAGCCUUCCAACUCCUGAAGAUCCGUUCAAUGACCGGCAUGACAGAAAGAAUAAGUUAGACCACAAACUCAAAACCAAAUCCAACCCCAAGAAAAACUCAGCAGUACAGCAUAUCAAGGACAAGGAAAAUGAAAAGGAAAAAGAGCAGCAUACAGAAACACCAAGGCCUUCAGCCGCUGAUGAAAAAUUCGAGGAUGGAUGCCUACCAAAGUUCCUCACUCUGUGUCUGAAUGCAAUAGAGAAUUCUUGGAAGGAGAAGCAAGAUGAGGAUGUAGAAGAAGAAGAAGUUGGUAAUGUCUCCAGAAAGCAGCAUGAUCUCCUAGCAAGCAGCUCGUGGGGUGCUGAGUUGUGGAGGCGUUGCUCUUCGGGUUGGAAUGUGGUUGAUUCUUCAAGUGGAGGAGGUGUUUGUGCAAGAAAAGAGCAGCUUGCUUGGUUGCUUUCUACUGCUUCUGACAUUAUUGCAAGGAAGGAGAAACAGGGACUAGUCAUUCCGACUCCCUUCCUUAUCUUUCUUGUACCAUCUCGACAAAGGGCUCUUCAGGUUAGAUCACUCUGUAAGCCACUUAAGGCUCUUGGGAUUCAUACUGUCAGCUUGCAUCCAGGUGCGUCGAUAGACCACCAGAUUCAGGGAUUAAAGAGUUGUGAACCUGAAUUCCUUGUAUCGACUCCAGAUAGGCUGCUUGAGCUUGUUCAACUGAAGGCCAUUGACGUAUCUAGUGCUUCACUAUUGGUUCUUGAUGGCCUGAAAAGCUUGGUAGAAUUUGGAUUUUCUGAUAAGGUGAAAUUAAUCAAGGAGAGUAUAUCUCGAGAACCUCAGAUGGUAGUUUUUAGUGACUUCUGCAAAGGAACUUCGAAAUCACUAUUGCAGCAGCUCCUGAAUGGACCAGUUUGUAGAUUAUCCCUUGAUGACUCUGCAGUUUGUAAAAGCGCAUUCGUAUCACAACAUUUACAUGUUUGUUCGUCAGAAGAUGAAAAGAUGUCAAAGGCCUCACAAAUUCUUAGUCAAGCGUUUGUUGACCAAAACCACCCUCAGCAUUUUAAGGUUUUGCUUGUAGCUGGCAGUGCUAGCAAUGUGCAGCUCUUGGCAUCUAAGCUUAAAGCCGAAGGUUAUGGCUCGUCAACUGAGCCGCUAACUGAUGGUCUACAUAUGACAAAUGGGGAGAAGGUUAUAAUCAUGUCACUAAAGGAUAUGGAUAGCAUUGUCGGAUUGGAUGUUGAGGAAUUUGAAAUUGUCAUUUUUCUAGAAUGCCCGUCAACUGAGGUCUACGUUGCAAUUCUCAAAAACAUGGCACGCUACUGUAUUGCUGGAGCAGUGCAUUGUCUCUUUUCUAAAUCAGAUGCCUCUUUGGCUCAACCUUUGAUCAAGGUACUCGAACAAUGUGAUCAGGCAGUGCCUGAGAGCCUGAAAAGUUUUGACUCGUCAUAGCAAAUUCAUGAAGUGCUAACCCGAUUGUAAGUCGCGUUCAUAUCAAAUUGUAAGUUAGUGGACUUUUUUUUUUCCUUCAUAAUUUUAUACAAUCACAACUGUAAUGAAUUCUGUUUAUGAGAUAUCUCAGUCUUUAGUUUGCGUCGUUA